UGCCAGUAUGCAGAAUAGAGUUGUUGUUUUACUUGAAUUUGUCCAGUAAUUCACCCGAAUCCUUAUGGCUGAGAGAAUUUAUUGUGUUGGACCUCGAUGGCUGAGUUACAUGUAAUUGGGCAAGUGGUCAGUGGGACUUCUUCCGAAACUCCAAGCACAGGAUUAUUCGCUAAAUGGUCAAUUCAUUCUGGUAGUUCAUGGAAGAAACUUUCUGGACAUAAAGAAGGACAAACACAGGUCGACACUCCUCGUUACGCCGGAAUCUCAUACUGGGCACACCCCAUUGACAUUCACUUUGUGACAAAGGGUCUUCAAGGCUGGCCUAAGAUAAUUCUAGAAGUCUAUCGACAGGAUAAAUUUGGUAGAAGUGACCUCGCAGGUUACGGCAUCUGUCACAUUCCCUCAUCUCCUGGCACACACAUUGUAGAAAUUCCUCUUUGGAGACCUUUCGGAAGUACCAAAGAAGAAAUUGUGCGCAACUUUAUAGGUGGAUCUCUUGAAGUUUGUGAACCUGAUUUUAUUGCCAAUCCUAUUGAACGUUGUCGACUUAAAACGAUUCCUUCUGGAACUGCCAAAGUGGAGUUUGGCAUAAUUCUAAAGAAUUUUGAUAAUUUUGGAGUUGAGACAUAAAGAAGAGCCAUGCAGUCUUUAUACCAUCCAG